UUUUAAAAGCACUCUUUUGACUGUCUUUGCCAUUUGUUUUCUUUGGUAAGAAGGAAAAUGACACUUAAAUACCGCGCCGCUAGUUAACGUUUAACGAGACGGUCGCCAGAGUCGCAAAGAUCGCAGCUAUAAAGUGGAAGUGUGGUAACAACUGUGAUUUGUUAUUGAUUCACUUUGUGCAGUAUUCUCUGCAUUGACAGCUGUAGUUGUUUAGAUUGUGGUAUUUCUGCAUGAAUGUGAACAUUUGAAAUUAUGGUGUUUUUGCAAAGAAUUUUGAAUAUGCUGCUCCUUUUUAUUAUCUUAUAAUAAUAAAUGCAUCAGUGUUCCGAAGUUAUCGUCCUGUACCAGGCUGCCAUUUAACACUACUGUGAUUUGAGAUUAUUUGGAAAAAUGUGUUCCCAAGAAGUAUCUCUAUCAUGGCAAGGUCAUCAUGGCACUCUAAUAAAUGUCUUUGAAAAAUUGCUAGAGAAUGGGAGUUUGGUAGACUGCACCAUAGUUGCAGAAGGACAACGACUGAAAGCUCACAAAGAGGUCUUGUCAGCAUUUAGCCCGUAUUUUGAGUUGAUAUUUAAAGAAGAAAAUGAGGUGAAUCCUACAGUUAUCCUAAGCGGUAUUACUUUUCAAGAAUUGAAAGCUUUCAUUGAUUUUAUGUAUUAUGGUAAUGUGAAGAUAUCUGAAGACAAAGUGGAAGAUUUAAUUGAUGCAGCAGAAUCUCUUCAAAUUAAAGGUUUGGGAGGUGGCUGUAAGAAUGAGGAAGAAGGUGAAAUACAUGAGCGUUCAAAUUUACAAACACGACAAAUUUGUUCCUCUGGUUCUGCAUGUAAAUGCAAAGGAAAAGAGGAGACCAAAGACAGUGCAAGUGAAAAAUCUGCAGACAUAGAUGUUAAAAUAUCAAGUGAAAACAUUGAUAGUUUUAUAGAGAACCAAAAUUCUGAAGAACCUCUUGUUUGUCAGGUUGGACAGACGUCUAUAAUGAGGAGAACACCAAAUGUGAAGUUAGAGAAACCAUCUGCCCGUAGUGAUCAGCACGGUGUGAAAUCGUUACGCGGGCCACCAACUUUGCCUCCUGUUGAAGCAGAAUGUCAGAUUUUGCAUCCAGAAUCAGUUGUAAAAGUGGAAUUAGGAGUAGAUGAUAAUGAUUUCAUUGUGGAACCUAAGAAAGAAGUAAUUUCUAGCAAAAGGAGUAGGUAUAGUCAUGAAAGUGGUGGGGAAGAUGCUAUACUGGGUUUAUCAGCAGAUAUUAGUAUGAGCAGUGACAGUAGUACAUUUGAACAUUUCCUUCCUAAUCGAACUGAUGUACCUAGCUCUUCAAAAGCAGGUUUGACACCUGUCACAAAGAGUAUGUCUUCUGGCAGUAGUUCACUUACAUCCUGUUCAAAAAAAAAUAGUUCAACUGUGGAUGGCCAGCCCGAGGAUGGGCAUGAUAUUCCAUUGCAUCCUGAGAUGUUGGUGAAAACUGAACCCAAAGUGACUGAUGAAAUGAAUCUUAACACAGAAGCUUGUUUUUCUGAGGUAGGAAAAAGCGAACAUCAAGAUGGUUUGGAAAAGAGGAGGGGACCCUUGGGAAGAGAGAUGGGUCCUGCAACAUAUGAAGAAAAUUCCAGUCUCUACCCAAGAGCAUCUUUUCCUGGUACAAAUGAUCAGUGGAUACACCAACAGCACCCUACCACUGGGUCUCUGGAGAUAAGUGGUGGGGGAUCCCUUUGCCCUGGUGUUGUAUGGGCCCCGGGGAUGCCUGGCUGCAGUGGAGACUUGCGGCGAAGAGGACCCAGAGCACGGCCUCCGAGAAAAUACAGCUGCCCGCAGUGUCAAAAGGUUUUCAACCAGUCCUGCAACCUCAAAGUGCACAUGCGAACUCACACGGGGGAGAAACCUUACAAGUGCACUGAAUGUGGUUUUGCAGCAACACACAUCAGUAACUUAAAGCAGCAUUUGCGUACUCAUAGUGGCGAGAGACCAUACAAAUGCCUUGUAUGCGAUUAUGCUGCAACGGACAUCAGCAGUUUCAAGAGGCAUCAGCGCAUGCAUAACGGCUUGAAGCCUUACAAAUGUACAGAGUGUAAUUAUUCUGCAACAGAUAUUGGCAGCUACAAAAGACAUCUUCGCAUUCAUAGUGGAGAGAGACCCUACAAGUGCAAUGAGUGUGAAUAUGCAGCAACAGGUAGUGGUGAUUUAAAUAAACACAAACGAAUUCAUAAUCGGGAACGGCCUGAAAAUGAAACAGACUUUGAUAGUGCUGUGACAGGAACUAGCAACCUUAUCAGUUCAAUACCAAAAUAUUUUGAGAAUUUUAAUAUGUAUCAUUGAAAUAAUGCUCCAGGUGUGUUCUGGGACCAUGUAUUGAUAUCUGAGAUGCACUUGAUUUUAUUCUUCACCAAGCAUUGAGAGAAUAACUUGUCAUAUUCCUUUAGUUAGUGAUAGCAAAAUUGAUACUCAAAAUACUAGGUUUACAAAUGGGAUCCAGUUACUUCCCAUUGUCCAUCAAAAUAAUGUAUUGAACACACUUACGAUACAAUGGGGGUUCAAUGCCACUUGUAGUGUACUUGUGGCUAUUUUACUUUUCUCAUUGCAAUACUGAUUUUUUUUAUUUGUAAGCACCAAUGACAGAAUUACCCAUUUUAUACUGUCAAUAAAUAUUUGAAGAGCGGUUGCUGUAAUAAAUGUGUAGUGAACAUCUAAAUUCAUAGACUAUUAACAUUCGUAAAAUUUAUUUGUGAAUAGAAGAAUAAAAAAAUAGUUUUGCUUAGAAUACAGAAAGUUAUUUGGUAUUAUUCUUUUGUUGAUUUAUCCAUGAUUGGUUCUAAAUGAUUAUUCUCUUGAAAUGAAGACAAUCCAUUUUUUUAAAUGUGUGUGCAUGAGGGAAAUUGACAUUUAAAAAAUGUCAAGAAUUAAGAAAGAUUUUUUUUUUUAACUGCCUAGUUGUAGUUAUUGGAAAUUUAAUUUGGCUGUAUUUGAAAUUGUCUGUUGAUAACCAACAAUUGAAAAUGGAAGUUAUAGUAUGUACAUGAUACUAUCACAUCUUGAACAGAUUUCUCUUUUCUUAUUUUACGUCUCUCCAGAUACAACAUUUUUUUUUAAAUGUCAAAAUUGUUUAGAGGACUCCAAUCAGGGACAUUGUGAAAUUAGUUAAUCUUAUAUUAAUUUAAUAUAAAGUCAUGAAGGUAUUUGUGCACAAGGUGGUGAUUCUUGGUUGGAACAGAGACAAAAAGAUUUACAUGAGCAUAGGUUUUCAAAAAGUACUGAGAACCUGUUUUUCACAAAAUGUCAUAGAAUUUCAUUUGUUAACAAUAUUUAAGGAGGAAAUGAAAUUAUGCUUUUAUGAACCAACAGAUUUGCCCAACUUUCAGUAGCUACAAUAUGUAAAUAAAUAUUAUUAAUCCUAUAUUGAUAUUGAAUUUGGCAUUAAAGAGGAAUUAAAAUAAUUUACAAACUUAGUAUGUCAUGAGGUCAGUAUGAAACAAAAAUUGAAGAAUUGUAAUUAAGUUGUGCAGAACUUUGUCUUGUUGUAUUUUGUGGAAAUAAUCAAAUUUCUUUAAUUAACUUUGUAUAAUGACUUCAUGAUUGGGUUCACACACAUUAACUUUCUUUUUUCAUGUUAUUUAUUUUAUGCUAGGUGCUUGGUCAAAAGAGCUUAAGUCAGUUUUUGGCCAGAGCAGAAGCUACACACAAUGCUGACAAAAAACAAGCUUUUGUUUGGUUUUAAAGGCUUAUAUCUGGAAGCAAAGGUGGUUUUGCUUACAGACAAAAGCCAUAUGAAAACUUUUGUUUUCCUUAGCAAUAUUGUGUGAAAAACUAAAAAUGGCCAAAAAGAGCAGGGUUGGCUAAAACCCCACAAAAAUCCUGUUUAAAUAAUUUAACAAUUUUUUAAGUUAUUUCAAAUAAAACUUACACUAUUAUGUGUCAAAAUUUCAUUAAAACUCUCAACCGAUUCAAACAAACAAGUAAAAAAAAACAAUACAAGAACAAAAUAAAAUAAACUGACAAUAAAAUACUAACUUCAUCACCACAAAGGAAAUUAUCUUAUAGUAAAAUGCAAAUUAGUUUUGCAAUGUUGCUACAUAUUGUGGAUUUGUUACUUUAUUAUCAAAACAUAAUAACCUAAAGACAAUGUUACCUGUAAUGAUAAUAUGAGUUUGAAAUCUUAAAACUGCGGAGGGAGGGUUAUCCUUGGUGCUCCGUAUAUGGGCAAGGCGGUUUUAAAUAUAUUUUGUCUGUUGAAUUUUAUGUAAACUAAAUUUAUAAAUUAUUGUUGUGGUUUUAUUUAAAUCCUGCCAAAAAGUGACUUGAGUCGUUUGACCAUGUCCCAAAGAAACAUUUAUGUUAUCUGCAUGUUAAUUUACCGUAUUGAAUGACAACAUACUGUGCAUUUCUAAGUAAAUUUUUAUAUUGUCUAUAAAUUUUGUUCCUUUCAGAAAACUUCAGAAGUUUACCAUAGGGUUUCAAAUCAUAGUUUAGGAGAUGUCAGGCCUAAUGUCGGGUGAUAACUUUGUAGCAAAGAUCAACAUGCAACUACCAUAUAUUUCUAAAUACAAAGCUCAAAUGCAAAUAUAAUAACAUAACGAAUUUUAAUGUUUCUUAAUCAUAAUUUUAAUUCAAGGUCAGUAAUGAUUGAUGUGCUGCCACAGAUACCAAUUUUGAUGAUAAAUUUGUGCAAUAUCUAGAAGCAUAUUAAGCUAGAAGCAGGUUUUUGUAUUGUGGUAAUUCUGUGAUUAGCGUAGGUAUGUGGAGAUGUAGGACUAAUAUAAAGUUCUGUUCUUGUAAAUUCCAUGCGAUAUGACUAACAGAGUUGAUCAAUCUUAGCAGCAGUAGAUUAUGGCAAUGGCACAGCUCACUGGUGUUCUACUUCUACAUACUUAGAAUGGUGCCUAAACCUAGUGCUACUAGGCAUACUAGUGGGCUAUGAUUAUGUAACUAUGGUACAUUUUGAGACUGUUCUUGCAAACAGAUGCAUUUACAUUUUUAACAGCUAAAAAUUGGGCAAAUUUCCAGGAAUUCAGAAAUAUAUGGUAUAAUGGUACAUUGAAACUACAUAGCAGCUUUGCCGCAGAAAUAUUGCAGUACUUUAUUAACUAUAUCUUGCCUGUUAUCUUUAAAUUGGUUACAUUAUAAUUUUUUUAAAAUUUUAUUUCUCUCGAUUUUUAUAUGCUUGCAAAGUUCACAGAAUCACACCAUCAUGUAUGUUUUUGGAUGCUAUAUUUUUGAUAUUGUAUUACUUACACAGUUGUAGUUAUUUAUGUGUGCAGAUUAGCUACCUGUUUUUUAAUAAAUGUAUAAAGAAUAGUUAUCAUUGUUAUGUAGUAUGUACAUACAUUCCUAGCCAUGGGUUUUGAUAUUUGUGUUGCAAGUUUUUAUAAAGUGUAUAUGUGAUAUGUGAAUGGACUGAAACAAAUAUUAUUGACCAAAUAAGCUAGAUUUUUAAUGAGUAAUGUUGUUUCCUGCUUUUUCUUUUGAAGCACAAUUUACAAUUUUUGUCCUAGUGUAAAUUGCUGUUGCAAACAGAUUACAGACUUCAACUCCCAAAUGAGAUUUUAAUUUACUGUUUCCAAAAUAGUGUUACUGAUUUCAAAAUACAUCUGUAUUCUAAAGAUUGUUCUGCUGCCCGAGGAUUGAUCCGAAAGGAAUAUCUUUUACAUAUUUUCUAUAUUAAAAAAAUCUAUUAUUAUUUAUUUAUUUUGUUACUUUAAUCGGUGUAAUCUUUGUAAUCUAUCUUCAUUCACUUUCCUAUUGGUGGAAUAACACAUGUUCAAAACAAAAGAACUUCCAUGUUACUUUCAAACUAUGAAUGACCUUAAUAUAUCUUAAUAUUGAAAAUCUUGUUUGGCAGUGAACACUAUAAGUGAGUGAAAUACGUUCUGUAUUUUAGUAAACUUGUAACUUGUAAAAUUAUCACUUCAGUGAAGAUAUAAUGUUUUUGUAUUUUAUUUUAAAUGUAUUAUUUUAGUAUUUUAUUGUUGUUAAUUAGGCUGGUUAAUGAUAUGUUAUAAUAUUUUCAUUUUUAUAUUGUAAUUUUAUUAUAUAUCUAAAUAACAAGUAAUAUAGUUCAAAAUAAUUUACUGCAAUUUUAUUUUAAAAUUACUUUUACUCUUUUGUAUUUUAGUGCAGAUAAUAGAAAUUUAUUUUAAAAUGAAGUGUUCUAUUGUAGAUGCAUUAGUGAGCAAUCUAUACUGAUAUCCUAAAGUGUCUUUAAUAACCUUUGCAGGUACAUUUUUAUAAACUAUGUGAAUCUGACUUUUGAGGAUGUACUUGAGAAGAUUAAGAAUUGAUGCUGGAUGAUUAUUACAUGCAAUAAAAAACAUUGACAG